AUGCUUCCACACGCCAAAUUCUGGAGAAGCGGACAUGCUGCGGAGGAAUUACCUUCGCCAACCACCGUCUUCCCAUUCGCUGGACGCAUUGGUGCCAAUCAAGAAUUCGCAGUGGAUAAAGACAACUGUACACAGAUAGAAUUGUUGCAGAAGUUUCCCGACGCUGCUCCCUGGAUCCCAUUAAAGGAUGCCCUAUCUUUGCGACAUAUUCUACAGGUAGAGCUAUGGAAGGCCGCUGCUGUUGAAGCUAUAGGAACAUGUUUGCUGGUAUACUUGACCUGCUUCAUAGCUGUGGGCCUAAGUGAAACUGUGAACACCUUUGCGACCGGUGCACUUGUACCCAGUCUGCUUGGUGGACUUACGGCGAUCCUGGUUCUUCCUUUGUUCAUCUUCGCUACAGGCCCGGUCUCUGGAGCGCAUCUUAACCCCACCAUCACCAUCGCCACAUUCUUCGGGCGACUAGCAACGUUGCCACGAUGCAUUCUGUACAUUGGAUUUCAAACAUUUGGAGGGACCAUGGCGGGUUUGCUGUUGAGAGCAAGCUUCGACACGAGAUCUUUCAUCGUUCCAGGUUGCUAUAUUGAUACUAGGGAAGUCUCAGCUGGCAGCGCAUUCGCCAUAGAAUUCACGACAGAUUUCGCUUUGAUCUUUCUCUCAUUCGGUGUCGGCCUUGAUCCUCGACAGCGCUCUGUAUUCGGGCCAGCCUUAGGCCCUAUCUUUGUUGGCAUUGUUUUAGGAAUGUGUACCUUUGUCACGGGGCUUAGCCGUAUUGGGUACACCGGGUUCUCGGGAAACCCUGCCCGAUGCUUCGGGGCAAUGGUUGGAUCGCAUUUUGCUUCUUAUCAUUGGAUACAUUGGAUAGCACCAUUGAGUGCGUCUAUCAUUCACGGGAUGCUAUAUCAUUUCAUUCCACCUUACUCUCGGAAGAGAACUCCAGAUGUGAGCACGGAAACAUCUUGA